AUGCUGGAGUCUAUUCGCGUGACGGGUGAGUGCGGGACUCAGGGGUGCUGGGCACAGACAGGUCAGGGCACCCGGGCCUGUCGCUGUGGGUGUGAGCAGGUCCCGGCCCGCUCUCGGUGUUGCGGGGCCGGCCAGAUCUGGACGGACGUGGUCACCAGGGUAUGCCAAGAAAUCUGGGAGACAGCUGCCUGGUCUAAUGAUUGGAAGACAUUCAUAUUUCGUUCUCCAAGAAAAGAAAAGCUUCACUGGCCUGAGCAAGAACUUGCUAAGACAUCUGUUCUAAAGGCAGAAGAUUCAUUGGUCAUUGACAGCAAAAGAAGCACUCCACAUUUACCCCCGGGAAUACUGAAGGACAUUUUCACAACUGGAACCAGUAGCUACAACGUCCUUCUCCAGAGUAAAGAAGAGAAGAAGCACCACUCACAGAGACAAUCUUCCUCUGCCUACUACAGACAAUGUAGAAAACCCAUCCGAUCUAGUUCUUCUCAUAGGAAAGAUCUACGCAAGAUCAAAGUCCCCGUGUCUGAGAUGAGCAGUGGUAGUUGGUACUGCCUGGAGAGGCAGCCUGCUUAUUUUGGCUCAAGCUCAGUGUCAAGUCCUGUGAAGUUUACCUGUGAUAUCUCUGUUGCAGGGAACAACAUAGUGCUGCCUUCUAAACCCCGGGCCAAGGCCAAGCGGCCUCAUUUCUCCACUGGACCAAAGCCAAAGCCACAGCCUCAGCUGUCUAGAAGUUUUGAAAAAGAUGACUUUUCCGGAAAGAAAUUUUGUAUAUUGACUGCUAUAAAGCCCACCAACUUAGAGAAAGAAAAAUUCAAAUUCUUCAAGUCUGACUAUUCUUACAAUCCUCAAUUUGAAUAUGCCAAUCCUGCUCUGCCAAGUGUGUUGGCCAAGCACAGCCACGCUUCUGAUCGAUUCCUUAAGCAGUCCAUCAAUAUUAUGGAGCUAACUUUGCAGAAAUAUGGAAGUUAUGAAAAAUUUGAACAGGCCACUGGUGGUAGUCUGCUAUCUAAGACUCGAAUCUGGAGUCACGUCAGGAAGUACAUGAUGAAAGAGGGGUGCCUGGGAGAGAUUGUAGUUCAUCUCACUGAGGACCUGCUUUCCCGAGCUUCAAUGACGGUGGUAAAUGGAUGUCCAACUCUGACCAUCAAUGUGUCCACUGCACGGGAACACUGGCUGGAGGGCAUGCUGAGGCAUGAAAUAGGCACACACUAUUUCCGAGGUAUAAACAACCUCCAGCAGCCAUGGAACAGUUGGACUGGCCGCAGAAAACAUGAGCUAAAGCCAAACAACCCCACUGAAGAAGGACUGGCAAGUAUUCACAGUGUCCUCUUCAGAAAAGACCCGUUUUUGUGGAGAGCUGCUCUGCUCUACUAUACUGUCUAUCAAGCCAGCCAGAUGUCUUUUUGCGAACUCUUCAGAGAUAUUGGAAGAUUUGUCAAGGACCCCAAUACAAGAUGGGAUUAUUGUGUGCGAGCCAAGCGGGGAUGGACUGACACAUCCCAGCCAGGUGGGUGUCUCCAGGAUCAGCUUCUGCCUCGCUGGAUUGUUGUUUCUUAUGAAGAUGUGGAUCGCUUGAAAGGAUUGGCAGUUACAGAAAAUAUAAGGGUCCCUCAUUUCCUGCAGGACCAUGGCCGAUACAUGGAACACUUAGAGAAGAUCAUGGAAGUUAAUGAACUAACUGACAGGGAGCUGAAAGAUCUUAUAUAUUAG